CGCACCGUGCAAGCCAGAGCCACGCUGCCGCACGCUGCAGCCACACUGCCACGCCUCGCCCCGCCGGCCAGCCACUCCACGCCGCCCCGUGAGGCACGACGCCCGGCCAGCCUAACGCCCCGCCGGCAUCAUCGGCCAUCGGCCCAGCAUCCCUCACUCAGACGAGUUGGCUUUCGGUCGAGGAGUUGUUGACCAUUGGACCAAAAGACGGAGAAAAAAAUGCACCACGACAAUGCAGGAUUCCAGUACGACCCGAAUGACUCGGCUUCUCCUCCAGCAAGGGCAGAGAAAGCAGCGCUGGACUUGGCGGGUUCAGCCUCCGUAAAGAAGGGCACCGCGAUGGCCACCUCACAACCCCUCCCCAUGAAGAGCGUCUCCGGCAAGAGCAGGGACGCCGAAGCGGACGACUACGACCCCUUCGACAACCGGGAGCUGGACCACCCGCUGACGAACUUCGACGCGCUGUUCCACAUGAUGAAGGCCUCCUGCGGCAGCGGCAUCCUGGCUAUGCCCCAGGCCUUCUUCCACGCGGGGUGGGCGCUGGGGCUGGGCGGCACCGCCGCCAUCGGCUUCCUCUGCACCUACUGCGUGCACAUCCUGAUCCAGUCAGAAUACGCGAUUUGUAAAAGGCGGAGAGUACCCAGCCUCAACUACCACGAAAUAGCGCGGGAAGGGUUCCUGGAGGGUCCGCCUAUCUUCAAGAAGUUGUCGAAAGUUGCCGAGAGAUCAGUGCACGUAGCUUUAGGCAUAUACGAAAUUGGGUCAUGCGCCGUAUACACGGUUUUCGUCUCAGAUAACUUGUCGCAGGUGGCCGAGCAGUACGGCGCCAAGCUGGACAUCCGCCUCUACAUGUGCAUCCUGCUGCUGCCGCUCAUCCUCAUCAACUACAUCCGCAACCUCAAGUACCUGGCGCCCUUCUCGUCCUUCUCACUGGUCGCCACCAUCAUCGCCUUCGGCGUCGUCCUCAGCUACAUCUUCAAGGACCUGCCCAACAUCUCCACGGUGGAGCCCGUCGGCGAGGUGCAGAACUGGCCCCUGUUCUUCGGCACGGUCAUCUUCGCCCUGGAGGCGAUUGGCGUGGUGGUGCCGCUGGGCAACGAGAUGCGCCGGCCGCGCGAGUACCUGGGCAAGUUCGGCGUGCUGAACCGCGGCAUGGUGCCCAUCGUCAUGCUCUACGUCUUCCUGGGCUUCUUCGGCUACCUCAAGUACGGCUCCAACGCCAUGGCCAGCAUCACCCUCAACCUGCCGCAAGACGAGAUCCCCGCCCAGGUGGUCAAGAUCCUCAUCGCCAUCGCCAUCUUCGGCACCCACCCCCUGCAGUGCUACGUGGUCAUCGACAUCGUCUGGGGCACCUACCUGCAGCCCCGCUUCCUCAAGCACAACCACGUCCUCUUCAUCGAAUACGUCGUCCGCACCGCCCUUGUCCUCCUCGCCUUCAUUUUCGCCGUGGCCGUCCCCAACCUGGGUCCGAUCAUCUCGCUGGUGGGAGCGCUGUCGCUGUCCGUGGUGGGCAUCAUGCUGCCCGCCCUCAUCCAGCUCAGCACCUUCUGGUACCAGACCCACGGCCUGGCCUUCAAGUGGCUGCUGACCAAGAACGCCCUCCUGGCCGUGUUCGCCGUCAUCGGCCUGGUGUCCGGCACCUACGCCUCCAUCGUGGACAUCAUCGCCACCUACGCAUGAGCGACUGCGCUCGCUCAUCUAAUAAGAGACUGAAACAAUUUAUUAAGUCAAAUAAGUUAGGAUUGCCGCGAGAGAAGCACCUCGAGGCGGAAGCUCUCGGCAAAAUUCCAGACCGGGUUCACCGGACUCGCAUGGUCCAGAAUGCUGCGUUUUAUCAACUGACCAAUUUUUUUUUAAGAAAUGUGUUUUAAAGGAACCCGUUUUGGACCGGAAAGGCUGUGAAACGGGGUCUUGUGUUAUUCCUUGUAACUGAGCCAUUCGCCAUAGCAAUCGAGAGCCGGCUUUGAUCUGACGAUGCUUGUAGCCGACUCGAUGAGAUUGACUCUCUACUGUAACUUCCUAAUUUGAUAGUUCAUACGAAAAUACUAGCAUGUAUAUAGAGAGUACCUGAUGUGAGUCGUGCGGCCGGGCGCCGCACAAAACGUUUGCAAUAAAGAUUUUUUUCUACAGCUAA